GUAUCAAACUCCACAAAAUACUUACAGGAGACUUAGCGGGCUAACUAACUGUGAUAGAAAAGUAUUUUGUUUUUCAUAAUUUUAACUUCCUCUAUGUUUUGUAUUGAUAAAGUACAACAAAUGUGUCUAGUCUAAUUGGUUACAAUUCUUGUCUUUGGUGGAGAGGACCAUGGUUCAAAUCUUAGCAUUGAUAUCUUUUUAUAUGAAAUAAAAAAAUGAUUGUGCAGACGAAAAUACCCUUCCUAUUUUCACUCUCAUUACAAGAAAUUUGAAAUGGAGCAAAUCAAACUCUUUAAAAUGUAUUAUAACUUUAUAAGUAGUCUGUACUAAACUAGAUUUUCUCCUAUAAUUUUCACUUUUUUAAUUUUUUUUCCCUUCUUGCAUUACUUGGUUAAAUGGAGAAAUUUUACAAUGCUAUAUAGUAUUGGUGCUAUAGGUUUUUGCCUUUAUGGUACAACUUAAAAUUGUACAUUUACGUUAUGGUACAACUUUAGAUUGUACCUAUACUUUUUGUACAAAUUUUUUUAUGGUACAACUUGAACUUGUACAUUUAUGUGAUGGUACAACUUCAAAUUGUAAAGUUGUACCAUAACAUAAUGGUACAAAUUACUUUAUGGUACAACCUAAACUUAUACAUUUAAUAUUAUGGUACAACUUUGAGUUGUACUUUAAAGCACCAAUACUAUAUAGUAUAGUAGAAGUGCUCGGUUAGAUGGGCCUCAACGCAAACCCAAUGAGCUUAACAUCCAGUUAUUUGUCCCGCCACACCCAGCACAUGAGCCCAACAUAAAAAAAGAAAGAAAAAAAAAAAUCUUCUCCAAAAUCUACAAUUUCCAUCAAAUUUUCGAUAAACCUCCACAAAGCCUCUUCCUCUUCCCAUAGCCGAUGAAAAUUGAAACAAUCAGAUGCUCUCUGGUUCGGCAGCUCCAAAGAAAUGAACUCUACGGUUUCUCACAAGCAUCAUCAUAACCCGCUCCUCCACUACUCGACUCUCCCAGUUUGCCGGUUUCCCGCUUUACAUUUAUCCGGCGCGCAGAAUUUCAGGACUUCACGAAGGAGGAGAACGGCUCCACCGAUAAGGUCUUCUUCUUCUGGAAAUGCAAAUGGGUCGGGCGGGUUUUCUUGGCGGGAUGUGUCGGAAUCUCUCCGGCGUGGUUCGGAGAAGCUAAUGCUGAAGUUCAGCGAGUCAGUGAAGGAGGAAACUGCGUUUGAUUUUGGAAGAGUCAAUGCCGAGGCGGGUGAGCUGCUGGAGAGAGCUAAGGUUGAGGUCAGUAAGGGCGAAGCCGAGUUGACUCGAUUCAGGACCGUCGUGCUGCCCGAGUUUCUGGAUUGGAAUAGUUGGGAGCGUUGGAAGGAUGUCAAGCAUUGGGAGCGGAAACGAGUAGCUGCCCUGAUUCUCUACGCUUUCGUGGUCUUGUUUUCUUUCCAAAGGGUGUAUGUUGCUGUUCGAGCACCUUUCAUUGCACGACAAAAGAAAGAAGCGACAGAGGCUUUCAUGGAGGCACUGAUUCCUGAGCCAACUCCCAUUAAUGUUAGAAAGUUUAAGAAGGGCAUAUGGAGGAAGACAGUCCCAAAGGGUUUGAAGAUGAAGAAAUUUGUUCAAUCGCCUGAUAGAACACUUAUUCGUGAUACCUCUUAUGUUGGAGAAGAUGCAUGGGAUGAUGAUGCAAUGACACCUCAGGAAAAUGUGAAGCAAAUUAUUGAAAAUUAUGAAAGACUGAAUACAGCAGAGAAGAAGGAACUAGAAGAAGAUUUGGGGAUUUCAGGAAAUUAAGAGCAACAAAGUGUAGGAUCAUGGCGUGAAAGGCUCCAAUUAUGGAAGGAAAUCCUCAAUAAGGAGAAAUUGGCUGAACAGUUAGAUGCUUCAAAUGCCAAGUACGAUGUUGAAUUUGACAUGAAGGAGGUUGAAAAUAGUCUUAGAAAGGAUGUGGUGGAAAAGGUAUCAGAAAGCAAUGGAGCAAGAGCUCUGUGGAUAUCUAAGAGAUGGUGGCGCUACCGUCCAACAAUCCCCUAUACUUACUUUCUUCAGAAGCUUGAUUCCUCAGAGGCAAGUGUUCGCCUUUUCCAUUAGCUUUUAGCUGUUAAUUUCAGUUGUCAUUAUUGGAGUUCCUUAUCUUGCGGGUAAAUACAAGAAAAAAGGGCAACUAACACUUUCUUGUACCAAUGUCUUGUAUGGGCCCCAUUCUCCUCUUCUUGUACUCGUAUCUGACAGCAGAUAUGGAAUCACCUCUGAUCAUACUGUGGUGGUCGACGCAAAAUUAAAUGGAAUUAGGAUGAAAGAAAGCCAAAUGUUAUAUCUUCGUAUAGGUUGAAUGAAUAAGAUAGUCCUUGUUGUUUUCCCUAACUGAGCAGCAGGCUGUUGUUCUUUGUAUUAGGUUGCUGCAGUUGUCUUCACAGAGGACUUGAAAAGGGUAUAUGUAACUAUGAAAGAAGGUUUUCCAUUGGAAUAUGUUGCAAGUAUUUAUGUUCUUGUUGAGUGAGAAAUGGAACGAUGUUUUGUUAAUCACUUAGACUCAGUUUUGCUUCUUUUUUUCUUUUUUGUGUGUCCGCAAGGUUAAUAUUCCCCUCGAUCUAUAUUUGUUUGAGAUUAUCUCAAGUUCUGGAGUUGAAGUGGAUCUUCUUCAGAAACAGCAGAUUCAUUACAUUUUGAAACUUGUGAUUGCUUUGCUGCCUGGAUUGCUCAUCCUGUGGCUAAUUAGGGAGUCAGUGAUGCUACUACAUAUAACCUCAAGUCGUUUCCUUUACAAGAAGUAUAACCAACUUUUUGACAUGGCAUAUGCAGAAAAUUUUAUCAUGGUAAUUCCUAGCUUAAAGCUCUCAUUUUUAAGUUUGUCCUUCAAAUUACUUGUUUUGCACAUGAUGAUGUUGUCUUUCUUCUCUUCAGCCGGUUGGUGAUGAAGGCGAUGUAAGUGAAACAAGGUCAAAGUACAAGGAAGUGGUGCUUGGUGGUGAUGUUUGGGAUCUUCUUGAUGAAAUAAUGAUCUAUAUGGGCAAUCCCAUGCAGUAUUAUGAGAAUUGGUGAAAUUUGUUAUGGUAAUACAUGAUCUACUGCUUUAAAUGAACACUAGUGCAACUAUCUUUUUUGUGAAUGUUGUGAUGAAUUAUCACUGUCUGAUAGCUAUAUGCAUGACAGGGUAUUCUUCUGUCGGGACCUCCUGGAACAGGAAAGACCCUAUUUGCCCGAACUCUUUCAAAGGAAAGUGGAUUGCCUUUUGUUUUCGCUUCAGGUGCAGAGUUCACUGAUAGUGAGAAGAGUGGUGCUGCAAGGAUCAAUGAAAUGUUUUCUAUUGCCAGGAGAAAUGUAAGCUCCAUCUGUUUUGUUUGCUCCCAUCCCGCGAACAUAUAAUAAGAUGUUUUUUUUACUAUUCAUUCUUUGAUGCAGGCUCCAUCAUUUGUGUUUGUUGACGAAAUUGAUGCCAUUGCUGGAAGGCAUGCAAGAAAGGACCCACGAAGAAGAGCAACUUUUGAAGCUUUGAUUGCACAACUUGAUGGAGAGUGAGGAGCUUUCAUUUUGUCCUAUGAUCCUAUCCCUUUGUGUUUCUCUUGUUAUUUCAUUUUCAUUACGUUCUUCCAAGAAACGGAUAUUGAUUCU